CUCCUCUCCUCUUCACGCUUCUGAAGCUGAAGACAACCAACAGGCUGCGCUCGUGAUUAUGCACAUUUGAAGCUUGUCAGAGUGACUCCGAGAGGAAUGGUCAUUCGGUUCGUUGCGACGAAAAGGGAAUUCUCUCGUUGAAGACGAAUCAUCAGUUCAAGUGACACAUCAAGAUGGACAGACUGUUACGAUUAGGCGGUGGAAUGCCGGGUUUAAAUCAAGGACCACCCCCUUCCGAUGCGCCUGUUGUUGACACAGCUGAGCAGGUAUACAUAUCAUCCUUGGCCCUCUUAAAAAUGCUUAAGCACGGUCGUGCUGGAGUACCAAUGGAAGUGAUGGGUUUGAUGCUGGGAGAAUUUGUCGAUGAUUACACUGUUCGCGUUAUUGAUGUAUUUGCUAUGCCGCAAACAGGAACGGGUGUCAGUGUAGAGGCGGUGGAUCCAGUGUUUCAAGCAAAGAUGUUAGACAUGCUGAAGCAGACUGGUCGGCCAGAAAUGGUAGUGGGCUGGUAUCAUUCUCAUCCUGGUUUUGGUUGCUGGCUGUCCGGAGUAGAUAUUAACACUCAACAGUCUUUCGAGGCUCUCAGUGAAAGAGCUGUAGCUGUUGUUAUUGAUCCUAUACAAUCGGUGAAGGGAAAGGUUGUCAUUGAUGCAUUUAGAUUAAUCAAUCCAAACAUGAUGGUCUUGGGACAAGAACCGAGGCAAACAACGUCGAAUUUAGGCCAUCUACAGAAACCCUCGGUACAAGCGCUGAUACACGGAUUAAAUCGACAUUAUUACAGUAUUAGUAUUAAUUAUCGCAAAAACGAGUUGGAACAGAAAAUGCUGCUGAAUUUACAUAAAAAGACAUGGAUGGACGGUCUGACCCUUGCCGAAUAUUCGGAACACAGUCGACUCAAUGAGAAUAUUGUUUCAGAGAUGCUUGAACUUGCAAAGAAUUACAAUAAGGCCUUGGAGGAAGAAGAAAAGAUGACACCAGAACAAUUAGCAAUAAAGAAUGUGGGCAAGCAAGAUCCGAAAAGACAUCUUGAGGAAAAAGUGGAUACACUAAUGGCUACAAAUAUUGUUCAGUGUUUGGGAGCUAUGCUUGACACAGUUGUAUUUAAAUAAUUGUUUUCGAUACACCAUUCGCAAUAUGAUAUUUAAAGGAAAUAUACAUCUUUUUAAAAUAAAAAUGAUACUUUUUUGAUAUUCAUAACUAAUGCAAACACUAUGCGCUAGUUUUGUGUAAAUCUUUAUUGAAGAUAUAUACUAUCUUUAUGAAUCUAUUUACUUGUUGAACUGAAUUAUACAUAUAUAUAUAUAUUACAAAUUGUAAAUUAUGAUAUGUAAAUGGUAAAUGUUUAAUGAACCAAGGAAUCAUUCAUACAUCAUAGAUAUAUUAACAAUGAGGUAAUAUACAGUGAAUUAAAAAAAG